AUGACCUGGAUCACUGAGACCUUUCACAGACAUACAAUAUAUGAAACAAAGUACUCCUACAAAAAUAACAAAGUCUCUAUUUCAGUCAGUCAACCUGAUUUAUCUGUGCAAGAGGAAGUAAAGGAGGGUGAGAAUGUGUCUGCAUCCUGCUCCGUGUUUCACUCCUGCCCCACAUAUCCACCUUCUUUCAUCUGGAGUCACUUUGGAGAACAGCAAAAUCAAACACAGCAGCUUCAUGAAGGCCAGUGGAAUUCAACAUCUACUCUGACCUUUCGCCCAAACCGCUCUGAUCACAACAAGCCUUUAAAAUGCAGAGUAACAUACCAUCGAGGGCUGCACCUGGAAACAUUUAAGAUACUUCAAGUAAAAUCUGCCCCUGACAUCAAGACUUCCUCAAAGUGCUCCUCUGAGAACGGCAUCAUAAAGUGUGACUGUAUCGUAGAGUCCGAGCCUCCCAGCAUGGUCUAUUUUAUUUUGGGUGACAGAGUCAUGCAAAGCAGCAAAGCAGAGAAAAAUGGCUCUGUUACUAUUGAGACUCUGCAGACAGACUUUGGGUCUUUCAGGCGUGUGCAGUGCCUGGCAAACAACGUGGUGGGAUAUGACAACAUCUUGCUCUCUUUACCUGUUAAUGGUAAGAAAGACUUAGGAUGCACUGAUCUCUCUGUUUUUACAUGA